UAACGACACGAGCACCAAACACACCAAGCCAUCCAACCAUUCACGACCACUUCACCCACCAUCAUCAUCAUCAUCAUCACCAUCAUCAUCAUCAGCACUAUCACUCGCACGCACGAUCAUCUCCUCGAGCAGUUUACACGCCUAUCCUUUCACCAAGACAACCAAUCUGCACACGACCCAGCGGGGUAGGCCAACACAUCUCUACAGAGCGAGCCCUUGCCGCCCGAACGAACAUCUCAGCUCAGGCCCAAGAAGACAAAUCAUCACGUCCCUGGCGGCUCUACUUGAGCACGUCAGGAGCUAAAUUACAACCAAGGCCGCGGCUGUGGUCGUAGCCAUAGGGGCACUGGCGUCAUCGACCAAGCAACGCCGAGACAACAGCAGCAACGCUAAUACAUCAAUAACACCAAGCCCAAUACCGACCACACCACACACGAACGCACACACAGACACACACACAUACACACACACACACAUACACACACGCACACGCACACACAAUGGGCGGUUACCGCGUCCCUUGCGCUUCGUCAGCAACAGUGCUGCUGGCAGCGAUGGUGCUGGUCAUCGUGAGCGUGUGUCCAUCUCCGUUAUCGGUUGUUGUGAUGGCAAUGCCAACGCGAGAGCCGAACGCGUGCGAAUCUCCAGACGCCACCCUCGCCACCUUUGAUGUCGUGAACGUUGAUGGCACGCACGUCCAAGUCGAAAUUCAACCCACAGACGACAGCAACAGCGUGAUCAAUGAGCCGCUGCUGCUGUCGCUGCAUGAGCGCGGUCCGUUUGCGCGCGCGGGUUCGUAUCGUCCGCCCGUCAACGUCCACGGCAAAGACAUGACGCACCUCAUAUCCGAUGCUCGCUGGCUCGCGGGCACAGCCGGUGGCGUGGACGGCUCUAUUGUGCGUGUGUCCGUGCACCGGUUUGGACUGCAGGGGUUUGCACGCCUCUCGUCCGGACACACGCUCGUGUUCGAGCCGCCAACGCACCCCGACUACGCACCAUCACCACCACCAUCACCAUCUCCAUCGUCUUCAUCUUCACCAUCAUCGCCGCGGUUUGUGUGUGUCUCCGACACAAUCACGGACACGAGCGGACGGCUGACAAAGGGCGACACCGACACCGCGCCGCCACACGCCCGCCCAUUCCAGGCAGAGUUGCAACACCGCAGGCAACAGCAACACCAACAACGGCAGCAGGAGAGUGACAUGCGUGCUGGUGGUGAUGGUGGCACUCGUGCUGGUGAUCGCGUGCGCCGUGAAGGCCCCAUCAACAGCAACUACUACGUCUGCACGCUGUAUGUGGACAUUGAUUCCUAUUUCUACGACCAGUGGAAAGGGCCGUGCAGCAGCGGUGGCGCUGAGAGCGAUGACACAUGUCGAUCGGAACUGCACACGCGUGCGCUCGUUCGCGCAAUUGAUAUCAUUCAUCAGGCAUCAGCCGUCUUUGAAGACAACUUCAACCACUCUGUCAUCAACUACCAGGUGCGCUGUGUGCGUGCAUGCGGCAUCUGCUCGUCGUACAUCUUCGAAGACGACAACAACGACGGAUAUGCGGUCAAUGUUGGUUUCACGUCCACGAACAGCAACGGCAGCCCCACUUCCACCUUCAGCUCCGUCCUCACAACCGCACACGAACUCGGACACGCAUCAGGCGCGCGCCACGACUGCUGCACGUCAGACCCGUGCGGCGAUCUCCCAAACUGCAACACGGACGACCCCGGAUCACACGAGUGCUGGCCAUCGGCUGAGGAUGGGGGUCCAUAUCUCAUGUUCCCGUCCGUCAGCAGCGCCGCUAAUGCUGGUGCCGCAAACUCCAACGCAGCAACCUUCUCCCCGUGCUCGCGUGCGGACAUUGUGAAUCUCGUCGCGAACGAGGGCAACUGUCUCAUUCGUGAGGACCCGUGCGCCUUUGGCGGCGACUGCUGUGACGACGGCGGCGACGUGUUGCCUGCAGGCACGUUCUGCCGGCCCGCCGAUCCGCUCAACACGUGCGUCAAGGACGCGGUGUGCAACGGCGUUGACGGGUACUGCCCACCAUUUGACCCCAAACCAGACGGUAUGCCGUGUGACCUCGACGCAAACCCGGACACGCUCGCAACGACAGGCACGUGUCACGAGGGCCAGUGCAGCAACAUCUACACGGCCGUGUGCUCGCAGAUCAACCUGCAAGGGUGCACGCUGCCCGGUAACGAGUGCAUUGCCGCCUGCCGCACCCCGGGUGGCUCGUGCUAUGCGUAUGCGAGCGCGUGCGGGCUGUCGACGUAUUGGCGCGACACGGAGACGUGCAUCAUGGCAUCUGAGGAUGCACCGUGCGCUGUGGACGGCAUGGAGGGCAUGUGCUCGCUGGAUGGCACGUGUGCAAUCUGUGACAGUGGCACAUGCAACUACACCACGCCCGUCAACACCCGCACGUGCGAGUUUUCGUACGAAGACACGUUUGGCCCAUGCGAGGGCACGUGCGGUGCUGGCGUGCAGCGGCGCGUUGCAAUCUGCUACUGCGACGGUGACGUCACACCGGGCAGCGCGUGCGGCAUCAAACCAGACGACAUUACGCAAGCAUGCGAACUGCCCACCUGCCCUCCAGAAACCACUGCCCAAAUUGAUGACAUGUGCGGUGUUGUUGGCGUGACGUACGAUGAGGACCCGUCGCUCGCUGGCAAAUACACGUACAGGGGCAUGAGCAACCAACAGCCCUACUUUAUCAAGGAGCUUGACUUCAACGUGGAGCGCGUGCUGUUCUUCAGCUCGGCCUAUGGCGUGUGGAUCAUCGGCGUUGCACUUCAGAGCCAAUACGCAUACGCGUACACCGACGACAUCAACAACGGGCCGUGGCUGGUGUACACGGGCACCGCCUUUGAGGAAACGCCGUCAUUCUCCAGCGUGUGCGUGCUGUCGCUGUCGGCGCUGACGACGGUCACCGACACAACAUCGUCCACAUCAACGUGGACGUCGACUUCAUCAUCAACCACCAGCUCAUCCUCAACGUUUUCCAGCACCACGGCUGCGUCACCUCCGCUGUCAUCAACGACCACCACCACCUCCCUCGCCAGCAUGGAAUCGCCAACAACAACAACAACAGCAACAGGUGGUGUCGGUAGCACGACGCCUACAACCGCUACAACAACAGCCACCACGACUAGUGAGACGCCAGAGACAAGGUUUGAGACUACUGUACCGCAGUCCACCACAACCACAGUCAUCACAACCGUCCCAGUCACCUCUCCAGUCGUUGACACCACAACGACCACUACCGCAGCCACAACGGCCCCGAUCACCUCCCCAGCCGUUGACACGACGACCAUCACCACCACUCCCUCGCCCCCAUCAUCAUCAUCAUCAUCAACAUCAUCCUCGUCAUCAUCAACAUCGUCGCCAUUGCCUGGUACCACCACGCUGUUCACCACCGCGCCGACGACGACCACCAUCUUUGGGCCCUCUUCCCAAUCCCCAACGUUUGCCAUCACGUCUACUACAACAACGGAACCCACAACCACCGCCACCCCAACCGCUACAACGACAACAACAACGACAACAACAACAACGACACCCGCUGUCGUGAGCAUUGAAGGGUUUGCGACAGCAUUUGUUGGUGUGCACUCGUCCAACAGCGGACAGGCGCUCCGGUUCUCCACGGCGUUUGAUUCCGCAGCCAUCAUCUCUACAACCUCCAACUCAUCCCCGAGCGAGUGCGGCGAUGCGUGUGUGGCGAACGCAGAGUGCCUGGGCGUGUUCUGGUGGGAGGUGACGAGUGCAGAGACGAGGUGUGUGCUGUUGCGGGACCUUGGCACGGCGCAAGGCAUCGCCACAGGCACCGUCUCCGUCAGCCUGGUGCUGCUGAGCCGCACGACGACGACCACGACGACGACCACGAUGACGACAACAGCAACGCCGCCGGUGCUUGACGGGUUCAACCUCGUGUUCCUCGGCCAUGUGGCCAGCAACACCAAUGGGCCCUUCGUGCGUUUCUCGACGGCAUUCGACAGCAGCGCACAGCUGAGCUCCACCAGCGACGUCACCCUGCAGGAGUGCGGCAUGAUGUGCAUUGAUGCCCCGGAGUGUGCCGGCAUCUUUGUAUGGACGCCCCUCCACGGGACACAGCGGUGUGUGCUGCUGCGUGAUGUUGGGUCGAGUGGCGGCACGGAGACAGGGUCCGAGUCAUACAGCUUCCAGCGCAUUGUACCCACAACAACAGGGGCAGGAAUGUCAGCAGCAACAACAACAACCACACCACCCACGACAUCGUCCCUGCCAUUCCUGCGUGAGCUGGACGGGUACGAGGUGACGUUCACGGGUGCAAUCGACAGCAACACGGGCGAUGCACGCCGCUUCUCCACCGCCUUUGACGCCUCGUUUGUCCUCAACACCAUCGACAACCAGGACACGAGCGUGUGCGCGGCCGCCUGCGACAGCAUGGCUGCCUGCCUCGGCAUCUUCCUCUGGAUCCAGGCGAGUGGCACCACGCGGUGCGUGCUGUUGUCUGGGCUGGGGGCGGAGUCCGGCGCCACCACGGCGUCUGUGUCGCUCUCCCUCACCAAAGUGGGCGUGGCACCUCCAACGCCGGACGGGUACGAGCUCGAUUUCGUGGGCAACAUCCCAGGCAACGACGGCGAGGCACUGCGCUUCUCCUCCGCGUUUGACGCCACCGCACGCAUCCAGAUGCUGCAGGGCGUGACGACGGACGAUUGUUCCACUGCGUGCGACAGCGAUGACGCGUGUCUGGGCUUCUUCUUCUGGAUUGUGCGCGGGGACGACACGCGCUGCUACCUGCUCAACACGCUUGGAUCAUCGGCAGCAACGUCCAGCCAGUCGUACAGCUUCCGCCGCGUCAACCCGCCCAACGCAUUCGAGGCGCCUGCCGGGUAUGUUGUGUCAUACGAGGGCAACACGGCUACCAACGCGGAUGGACAGGCCCUCCGCUUCCACACGGCGUUUGACGAGAGCGCGCGCCUGGCCACGUUCACAUACACCACGCGCGACAACGCCGCUGCGUGUGCGAUGGAGUGCAACAACAUUACCGCGUGCACGGGCAUCUUCUACUGGAUCAAGAGCGCCGAUUCGAUCACCUGCCACCUCUUGGCAGAGCUAGGGGACGGGCCGUCUGCCACAGCCUCAAAUUCCUACUCCCUCGCCAAGCUGUCCGCGCUGCAGGUGACCGUGCCUGCAGGCUACAACCUCACGUUUGAGGGCCUGACGUUCACCAACACGGACAGCCCGCGCCGGUUUUCGACAGCGUUUGACGACGUGUCACGACUCGGCACCAUCUCAGACAUUGGCAUUGACACGUGCGCCACGCUGUGCACGUCGUCGGAAGAGUGUGCCGGCUUCUUCCACUGGACAAAGGGCUCUGGGGAGUUGGAAUGCCGCUUGCUCAACGAUCUUGGCAGAGAGGAGGGAUCUGCAACAACAUCCAACUCUUACAGCUUCACCAAGCUCUGAGAAAGCAUGUGCGCGUGUGUGGGGGAGAGGGGGGAGGGGAGAGAGCGUGUGUGUGAGUGAGUCGGUGUAAGAGAGAGAGAGAGAGUCAAUGAGUCAGUGUGUGUGUGUGUUUGUAUGUGUGUAUGUGUGUGUGUGUAAGUGUGGGUAAGCUUCUGCACUUGUAAACAUUGUGUGUGUGUGUGUGUGUGUGUUCUUCAGUGGGUAUCUCAGCAUUGCUUUGCACAAUGCCUUGUUGUGUUACCUCGUGGUGCUAUUGCUUCACAGCGAAUUUGUCUGUGUUUGUUAGCCUCCUUUGCGCCUCCUUUGCGCCUCCGUUGCAGCUUGUUCCUGUCUAUUCCAGUGAAUUGUUAUGCCAUGACAAUGAAAUGAUGACGAGA